ACGCAUUUCCGGUGAACUGUCAAAUUUUGACCUGUCAUACACGGAGAAAGCCUGGACCAAAAGUAACGAUACGGAGUGUUAGAGCCACUGACAUAAGGUAAAGACAACAGACAUGUCCUUUAUAUUUAACUGGAUCUACAAAGGCCUCAGUGGUGUGCUGCAGUUACUAGGUUUAUAUAAGAAGUCUGGGAAGCUGGUGUUCCUUGGUUUGGACAAUGCUGGGAAAACAACACUACUGCACAUGCUCAGAGAUGACAGACUGGGACAGCAUGUGCCAACAUUACAUCCCACAUCAGAAGAGCUGACCAUUGCUGGGAUGACAUUCACAACAUUUGAUCUUGGUGGUCACACACAAGCCAGGAGAAUCUGGAAGAACUACCUCCCAGCUAUAAACGGUAUAGUCUACAUGGUGGAUGCUGCAGACCAUGAGAGACUACAAGAAGCCAAAAUUGAACUAGAUGCGCUGUUAACAGACGAGACCAUCUCCAACGUGCCUGUACUUAUCCUGGGGAAUAAGAUUGACCGUCCAGAGGCCAUCAGUGAAGACGCACUCAGAGGGAUGUUCGGGCUCAUUGGACACACUACCGGAAAGGGUAACGUGUCACUGAAGGAGCUGAACCUGAGGCCCAUGGAAAUCUUCAUGUGCAGUGUUCUGAAGAGGCAGGGAUAUGGAGACGGCUUCCGCUGGCUCUCACAGUACAUUGACUGAUCUAUACAUCACUCCCAUCUUAUUUCUCUUUUACCUGAUUCACACUAUAGAGCCAACCCAAACCUUACAGGGUGGCCUAGAUCAUUUAUUUUCCAAUUGUCCUUUCCAGCAUGGUUGCAGCAACUAUGAUGGAUGCGUAAUCAGGCCGGCUUGGCUCAGCUUGGUUUGGUUGCAGCAACUAUGAUGGAUGCGUAACCAAGCCGGCUUGGCUCAGCUUGGUUUGGCUCAGUAGUGUGAAAAGGAAGGGUAUUUGUUCAUCAACUGUUUUGUAUGCACAAGAGUACAGGCCUCACAAAUCUACCUGCUGGAAAAGCUAUCAACUGCUAGCAUGCUAUAUUUGUCAUUUUAGCAUUUGAGAGAGUGCCCUCAAUAAGUAAAUAUAUUUCUAAGAAAAUAUAUAUUUUUCUUGAUACACUAUUUCAGUACACAUUUUUGUUGUAGCCCCGGAUAAGCACACCUCAUUCAACUCAUCUAGGGCUUGAUGAUAAAUUGACAAGUUGAAUCAACUCUGGUUUGCUUGUCCGGGGCUACAUUAAAAAUGUGUGCUGUUGGUGAGGACUGGAGUUGGGAAACACUGCACUAUUGAAAUAUACAGGCCUAGUGAUUGUUUGAUAACCCUCUAACAGUUGAACCCAUUGAUAAUUGUUAGUAUGAGCCCUAUGUAGUGAAUUCAAACUUCCUUGCCUAAGCCAAGUAUCAAAACCUGCAAACCCAAGAUUUCAUAGACUUCGUAGUUUUCAAUGAUAUAUUAUCUGUUACUUACUGAAAGUACUGUGGUGGUGUGUAUUUUGAAUGAUACCUCAUGAUGUCUGUCAAACCCUAUUAUUCUUAUUACAUUCUUAUUAGUAUGAUGAAGUUAGUUAGGGAAUCCCCUCUAUGUUCGGCGACGUUACCCCUCUCUACUCUUACAGGGUAGGACAUGCCAUCGCUUUGAACCAGUUCCUAACCCUGGUUUAUUUUUAAAUCACUGGCAUUGGAUUACAGAGGAGGGUUUAUUGCUGUAACAGUUCUGCGUUGUCUUUUCACCAUUGCUGCUGUUGCCUUUCACGUACUACAGGCCUGGGUUCAAAUACUAUUCGAGAUAUUUCAAACACUUUGUACUUCUGGGACUUUUUUGUUGGUUCCAUUGCAACAGGCAAGCUCAAUCAAGCACAGUUGGAGUAUUUUACCAAUGAGGACAAAGUUGUUCUCUCGUCAAAUGAAUGUUUUUGAUUGAUCAAUUCAAGUUGAAUCACUACCAACUGAUGCCAAGAAUGUGACUACAAGUGCAUUAUCACUUUUUAUUUAUUAAUGCUUGUUUAUAAUACAAAGGUGCAGUAUUUUGUAGUACCAGGGUUUUAUCACAACUGCGUUGGUUGCACACGUCAGUCACAGAUGAUGUAUGCAAUUUCAUAUAGUCUACCAUUUGAAUGCUCAACUACGACUACCUACAGUGGGGGAAAAAAGUAUUUAGUCAGCCACCAAUUGUGCAAGUUCUC